AUGUAGCAUUUGUAGACUGGCAGUGAAACGACCAACAAGAGACGGCUGGCUACUGUGUGGAUUUGUUUGAAUUAACGUACACGAUUUUAUGAACCAACCGUCAGCAGUUACCUGUAUCAUAAUAUUGAAGUCUGUGUGCGCUGAGUGGGCGUUAAACGUUGGCGGGCAUGUGAAACGUUGCAGAAAAACUCGUUUGCUCAAGACUAGUAUAUAACAUUUCAAUCCUCGCAUAUUAACCAUUUCCGAAAUGCUCAAGUUCUAUCAAGGUCCUGUGUGGUGUGCAAGGCAGAGGGAAAUGCUGCCUCUCAUCGUUCGUUGUAAAUCUGCAAAGGCUCUGACUAGCAUGCGAUCUGGAACAGCAACACUUCAUUUUAGUUCCCGAGCCGGUGAUGCCUUGGGAAACCCCAAAGAUUUGGGAAAAGCAGCGGCAAAGCCCUUCAGAGAUAUACCUGGACCAAAGUCUCUGCCACUAGUUGGAACUUUGUAUCUCUAUCUUCCCUUUAUCGGUAAAUACUCAUUUGGUCGACUGCAUCACACCGGUCUCAAGAAACUAAGGGAAUUUGGUCCCAUUGUCCGCGAAGAGCUGAUCAGCAAUGUGAAUCUUCUUCUGUUAUUUGAUCCUCGGGACAUCGAGACGAUGUAUGCGACGGAGGGACGAUACCCAAUGAGACGCUCCCAUGUCGCCCUCGAGAAAUACAGGCUUGAUCGACCCGAGAUGUACAACUCUGGCGGGCUUCUGCCAACAAAUGGACCUGAAUGGUGGAAAUUACGGAGCCCAGCCCAGAAAGUUUUGAGCAGGCCACAGAGCGUCCUCAGCCGCCUUCCAGUUGUCAGUGAGGUUGCCCAAGAUUUCGUUGAUUUGGUUGCUAUCUUACGUGAUCCAGUAACAGGUUUCAUCCCAAAUUUCCUUGAUCUUGAAAAAAGGCUUUUUCUAGAAUUAACUAUGGCAGCAACACUGGAUGUCAGACUUGGCUGCAUCGACAAAGUCAAUCCACAUAAUAUAAGUGAAGAGGCAAUGAGCCUAAUAAAAGCCUCCGACGAUUCCAAUUCCACCAUCUUCAGUACGGACAAUGGACUCCAUCUCUGGAAAGUCUUCAAUACACCAACUUAUAAGAAGUUAACAAAUGGACAAGAUACCAUUUACAGAAUAGCGUAUAAGUAUGUAGACGCCAAAGAUAAUGAACUGAAAAGCCGACCUGAGGAUAACCCAACUACAGUUUUGGAAUAUUUCCUCCUCCGAAGUGGUCUCGAUAAGAAAGACAUCAUUAGUGUAUUCUGCGACACCUUAUUGGCUGGGAUUGACACGGGAAGCGUCACCCUUUCCUUUGCCUUAUAUAAUUUGGCAACAAAUCCAGAAAAACAAGAACUGCUGGCUCAAGAGGCCCGAGAUCUCCUCUCUCAGUCGGAUGGAAAGGUAACGAAAGUCGUCCUAGCACAGGCAAGGUACUUGAAAGCCGUCGUGAAGGAAAGCAGCAGACUCUAUCCAAUAUCUAUAGGCGUUGGAAGGAUUGCUGCUGAAGAAACCGUUAUUAGGGGCUAUAACAUCCCAAAAGGCACUGUAAUUGUGACUCAAAAUCAAGUAUCGUGUCGCCUGCCUGAAUAUUUCGAAAACCCAAACGAGUUCCUGCCCGAGAGAUGGUUCACAAAAGACGCCAUCAAUCCUUUCUUAGUUCUUCCGUUUGGACAUGGUCCCCGAGCCUGUAUUGGAAGAAGAAUGGCUGAGCAAAAUGUGUAUGCAGCACUCAUAAUGAUCGCAGCUAACUAUAAGAUUGGCUGGAAGGGCGGAAAACUGGACUGCUACUCCACUCACACUAAUGAACCCGAUUCUCCACUAGAUUUCACAUUUACUCCAAGAGACUAAAAAUGAUAAAAAUGAGGGCGGGCAGAGAAAGAAAAUUCCAUACAUUCUGAGAAAAGAUGAAAACGCUCAUUUGUUUUAAUGAUUACGUCAGAACCAUUUGUACAAGAAAAUGGCGUAAGAUGAGUCUUUGGGUUAAAAAGAAAUUCAGAAGUAUUGCCAGACGACUACCCUGAGUUUUGAAGAUAAUCACAGGACAGGGCUUCUGGGACUAAAUUUGUCUUAUUGACAGGACCAGCGAUGAAGAUGUUUUGGCAAAUGUAGUAGGGCAAGGGCACUCGGCUAUCAACAUCAGCUUUUGGGCAUAUGGAUCUGAUGUAUUUGCUACGCAAAGGGCAUUUAAAGCAAAAGCAUUUUUCGGCUUUCAGUAGAUAAGGAGUAGGGUCACCUAUCGAUCGAUAAGGAUCAUAACAGUUUAGCAGUUAAAUCAGUAAGGUGGGUGGUGUUCUCCUUACUGUUCACCUUGAAAACAUUUUUAGAUAAAAAAAUUUGAAUAAAAAUUAUAAAAGACUGACUGACUUACAAAAUUCAAGCAGCUCUACACCAUCCCAUUCCAGCAAAACCACUCCACACAAGAGACAGAAGAAAACAUGUAGUACCUGACGAGGAAGACUUCAAAACCUAAAGCUAUUCUUUGAGAGAAAGUGUUCAGUACAACAGAGAAAGUGUUCUGUACAACUGUAUUCUUUUAGAGGGAAAGUGUUCUGUGCAACAUAUUAAAAAUCGAUCGAACGCAGCUGAUCUUGAAAAUUUAAGUUAUUGGAAUAACCCAAAACUUAUUUGAAACUGAUAACGGUAUGAGACAAAAAAACUAAUUCUAAAGAUUUAGCUAGAUUGUUAUUUUGGGACUGAAAUGUCAAAGUGAGGCAACAACAUAUAAUUCUGGAAAGUAAAUUUAUUUAUAUAA